AUGAAAAGGAAUUGGCCUAAACGGGUUUUUGGUAAUCAUGAACGAACUCCAAGAACGAUUAAUGCUUUUAUAUCAAAUAAGUGGGAAAUAAUAUUAAUAUUAGCAGUGGGAUCUAAUGCUGAAGAAUCGACCAUAAAAUUACAGGAAGCAGUCUUCACUGAAACCUGGUUAAACGAUUCAUUCAAAAAUGAAGAAAUACUUGAUAGCACUUGGUCCGUAUAUAGAAAUGACCGUGAUUAUAAUUCCACGGGUCAAUCUAGAGGGGGCGGAGUUUUAAUCGCCACCAAUAAUCAUGUACCAAGUCAAUUGGUAUCUUCUAGGGUUUUUUCAACUUUUGACCAUCAAUUUAUUAAAGUUCACUCAGGUAAAAAUUAUACCUACAUAGGUGUGGUCUACUUUCCCCCAAAUUCUGACGAGUCCUCAUACAAUAAUUUCUUUGCAAUAUGUAACGAUAUAUUCACAAUUAUGAAUGAGGAUGAUAAUAUUGUAAUUUUGGGUGAUUUCAAUCGACCAUCAUUAUCUUUUGUCAUCGAUGAUUUUGAUAACCAACUUCUUCCUAUCAAUUUCAUGGAUGACAUAAAUUUUGACCUUAUUAGUACUUUUUAUGGGAACGACUUACACCAGGUUUUUCGUUACCCCAACAGUAGAGGUAAUUGGUUGGAUUUAGCAUUUUCUAAUGCUUAUGACACCAUUAAUGUUCGUUCUGCCACUGACGAAAAAAAUCUUUUCCGAAACUCAAUCCAUCACAACGCGUUGGUUUUAGAACUACCCUAUUCCAACCAUAAAUUCUCAAAUACUUACAAUAACGAAAUUGUAUAUGAUUUUAUGAACGCUGAUUACCACGGUAUCAAUUAUGCCCUUAGUAUAAUUGAUUGGGAAACGUUGUUGGAGCAGCAUAAUUUAGAUAAUAUUAUCUAUGAUUUUUAUUCCAUUAUCUUUGAAAUAAUUGACAACCAUAUUCCGAAAAUCCGUAGAAAAGACAAAUUAAAAGAACCUUGGUUAGACCGUAAUUUAAGACAUUUACGCAAGCGGAGAAAUAAAUUGCACCAUAAAAUUAAGCACUCUGGUAAUGACAACAACUCACUUAUAAAUGAUUAUAAUGAGUUGGCGAAUGAAUUUAAGAUUAAGGGAAACGAGGCAUAUGAUAAUUAUGUCCAAAAUAUCGGUAACUCAAUAAUGAGCAACCCUAAAAAGUUUUUCGACUUCAUUAAUACUAAACGUAAAUCAUCAGGUUACCCGAUUUCGAUGUGUAUGAAUGGCAGAAUGUCUUCAUCUCCCACGGAAAUUUGUAACUUUUUUGCUGACAACUUCCAACAAAUUUAUCGCCCUGAGUUACCCUCUAAUAAUGUUAAUUUCAAUCCUGCACCCCUUGUUAAUAAUACCAACCCGCUUUUCGAAUACUUUCAUUUAUCGGUAGAAAAUGUUUUUCAGGGCAUCAGUAGUCUAGACGUUAAGAAGGGAUCUGGUCCUGACCUUCUGCCACCAAUAUUUCUUUACAAUUGUCGCUACACCUUGUCAAACCCUCUUACUUCAAUAUUUAACAUAUCUAUAUCCACCGGAGUUUUUCCAUCAGCUUGGAAAAAUUCGUAUCUGAUACCAAUUCACAAAAAAGGUGACAAAACAGCGAUAGAAAACUACAGAGGUAUUGCUAUUCAGUCUGCUAUCCCAAAAUUAUUUGAAAAAUUAGUUACUAAUAUACUUGCACCGGUCAUCAAUCCAUUAUUAAAUAACGAGCAACAUGGUUUUAGAACUGGUCGCUCGACAACCUCAAAUUUUACAGUUUUCACAUCUGACGUUCUUUCAUUAAUGGAAAAAGGUUUUCAAGUUGAUAUAAUAUAUACGGAUUUCAGUUUCGUUUUGAAAAUGUUAAUUCGUACUGUAAAGAAAUACAUAACUAAACUAGAAAAUACAAACUCUUGUGGUAAUGAUGGUUUUUGUGCUGAAAUAUUCAAAAAAUGCUGUGAAUUAUCUCCUUACUUGACGUCAUUGAUAUAUACUUCAUUUGUUGAAGUUAUAUUUCCUGAACCUUUAAAAAUAAAUAAAGUGGUGAAGGUACCGAAGAUGAAAAAUGAGGGUAAUACUAGCAGCUAUAGACCAAUACUCAUAUCUUCAAUAAUAAGUUUAUCCAAAAAUUCAGAUUAUCAUUCCUUGCCAGAGAAAAAACUAGACAGCAAAAAGAAAGUUGGAAUUAUAUUUUUUGAUUUAUCCAAAGCAUUUGACUUUGUAGAUGGAAAUUUAUUAUUAAGAAUUCUAUAUAACAAUGGUAUUACCGGCACAGCAUAUAAUUAA